GUGGAGCUUAUUCCUGCACUACGCCCGCAUGCACAACCCUUAUCAGCAGCCCCCGUACCAAGAAUCAUGACUUCUUAUCUGUCUAUAAAGUGCUGACUUUAUGUGCUGUCCAUGCCAACUAGUAUAUGUUUGUACUUGCAAGGCCAAGUGCACACUCUCUGAGGUGUUAGUAUGACAGGAAAACAGAAGCACUUUGAGGAGUUUAAAAGGCCCAGAAUGCACUUGAGCUGUUGGCUGUAAUGAAGCAAGUGCAUUCUUGGUCAGAAUUAGACUUCCUCUGCAGUGGGACUGAGGAAGACAUCAGACAGCAGGACGACUCUUCAACAAUAUCGACAUCCUGGUCUUUUUAGGUCUACAACGAGUUAUGGAGCCGUUUUCUUCUCACAGAUCUUGAAUAAAUCGUCGUCUUUAAACUCUGUAGACACCAUGAACUAUGUGGGACAGCUGGCAGGUCAGGUGCUGGUGACGGUGAAGGAGCUGUAUAAGGGCAUCAACCAGGCCACGCUGUCGGGCUGCAUCGACGUGGUGGUCGUACGGCAGAAGGACGGGACCUACCAGUGUUCUCCUUUUCAUGUGCGCUUUGGGAAACUGGGAGUGCUGCGCUCCAAAGAGAAAGUGAUUGACAUAGAGAUAAAUGGAGAGCCGGUGGAUCUACACAUGAAGCUAGGGGACAAUGGAGAAGCUUUUUUUGUCCAGGAAAUGGAGGUGCAGGAUGAGACAGUCCCAGCUCACCUGGUGACCUCUCCAAUCCCCACUGAGAGUCACAUGUUCUGGGUUGGGAACGAUCGAGGUACGUCUCAGGGUCUAGACAACGACCCGCUGGACCUUGAGGAGCCUCCCGAGCCCCCCGUGCCCAGUACAGGGACAGCCAAGAAGAAGAAGAGGCGGAGAAAGAAGCAUAAAAUGGACCCUCGGCGUGAAGAGAUGACUCCUCCUGCCUCUGUUGGUGCCUCUGCCAACACAGACGAUAUCUUCGAAAUGGAUCUGAGCACUGAUGAAGAGGCCACUCCUAGCACUCGAUCAUCUUCAAUUAGCACUUUAAAAGAGGUUGAACCUAGAGUACCAGCAGUUCGUCAUUCUCCCGAGAGCUACCCUUAUUCUGAUGGAGACUGGCCAUCUACUGACAUUCACGCCAUGUCUGAGGCCUUCUCCCCCAAGAGCGACUCUGAGCUGGUGAUCCGGCCCUCAGAGAGCAUGCUGAAAAUGGAGUCUCACAUGCAGUGGACAUGGGGAGAAUUCCCAGAACCCACCAGGAUGGCCAAAAAGGACAAGACAGAACUGCCCAAGACCGUGACCAUAACGCCAUCAGAGAACACUCACUUCAGGGUGAUCCUGAGCUCUGAGGCUAUGGAGCCUGAGGCUGGUGUGAAAGACAUACUGGAACCUGCUCCCAUGUGUACUAUUGUAAAGCCUGAGCCUCGUACUCCAGCUACCCCUAUCACCUCGCUGAUCUCUUCUGACUGUGUAACCACCUCCACGCCCUCAGAGCCACAUACUGCCGCCCCCAGCCCUCAGGGUGGAGCCAUGAUGGAUGUCUGCCCAAAGACAGACUCUCCUUCCAAGAAGAAAGGAGUACCAAAGAGAAGUCAGCAUCAGGGGCCUGAGGAUAUCUACUUAGAUGAUUUGAAAGUGCUUGAGCCUGAUGUGGCUGCACGCUACUUUCCCAAGAGUGACUCAGACGCCAAGCACUGGAUGGACUCAGGGAUGCAUUCAGGUUCUCAGUCCCCUCAGUCAGUGGGCAGCGCUGCAGCUGACAGUGGAACAGAAUGUCUGUCUGACUCGGCCUCUGACCUGCCCGACGUCACCCUCUCUCUGUGUGGCGGGCUUAGCGAGAAUGCCGAGAUAUCCAAAGAGAGGUUUAUGGAACAUAUCAUCACUUACAAUGAAUUUGCUGAGAAUCCCGCCAUUAUAGACAAUCCAAAUUUAGUGGUGAAGAUAGGGAACAGAUACUACAACUGGACAUUAGCUGCACCGUUAAUUUUAAGCUUACAGGCUUUCCAGAAGAAUUUACCCAAAGCUACAGAGGAGGCCUGGGUUAAAGAGCGGAUGCCGAAGAAGUCUGGACGCUGGUGGUUCUGGCGGAAACGAGCAGACAGCACUAUCAAACAGUCUGAGAAUGCAGGAAAACUGGAGAUGAAAGAGGAGCAACUGAAAGAAGGAGACGCCUCCCUGGGGAAUGAUCCCUGCAAAGUGGAGUCCAGAGAAUCCUCCAGUGAUGAGGAGGGGAAGGAGGUCAGCGCGGCCGCUGCCUCCCUGGAGCGCUCAGCUCAGACCGAGCCUCAGCCUCAACCUCAACCUCAAACCAGCAUGCACUCCUACAGGAAGUCCCUGCGCCUCUCUUCCGACCAGAUUGCCAAGUUAAAGCUGAAAGAGGGGCCUAAUGAUGUCACCUUCAGCAUAACCACCCAGUACCAGGGCACAUGCCGCUGUGAUGGCACUAUCUAUAUGUGGGACUGGGAUGACAAGGUCAUCAUUUCUGACAUCGAUGGCACCAUUACAAAAUCAGACGUGUUUGGGCAGAUUCUGCCUCAGCUGGGGAAGGACUGGACUCACCAAGGCAUUGCCAAGCUUUACCACUCUGUCGCUGAGAAUGGCUAUAAGUUUCUGUAUUGUUCAGCACGAGCUAUUGGCAUGGCCGAUAUGACUCGUGGCUAUCUGCAGUGGGUGAACGAUGGUGGCACUAUUCUGCCUCGCGGACCCCUCAUGCUUUCUCCCAGCAGCCUCUUCUCCGCAUUUCACAGAGAAGUGAUCGAGAAAAAGCCCGAGAUUUUCAAGAUUGAAUGUCUUACUGACAUCAAGAACCUGUUCCAGUCCAACAAGCAUCCCUUUUAUGCUGCAUUCGGAAACAGGACCAAUGAUGUUUUCGCCUAUAAGGAGGUCGGAGUGCCUGUUUGCAGGAUCUUCACCGUCAACCCUAAAGGAGAGCUCAUUCAGGAGCAGACCAAAGGAAACAAGACCUCGUACAGCAGGCUGAGCGAGCUGGUGGAGCACGUGUUUCCGUUGCUGAGUAAAGAACAGAGCUCGGCGUUCAGCUUCCCCGAGUUCAGCUCAUUUUGUUUCUGGAGGCAGCCCAUCCCCGAGAUCAACCCAGACGACUUGCUCUCAUAGGCUAGACAUGCCCUCAGUCUCUGUCCGUUUGCCAUCGUAUGGACUGAAGUAAUAUUCCUCCAAGAUAAUUUUAGGUGUAAUCCUUGCAAAUCCAAAAGUCUUCGCUACCUGUAGCUGCACUCUAACCAGCUGAGGCUAGUUCUGUUGUAAAGGAUUGUACAAAAUCCAUCUGCACAUCCAAAAAAAAAAAAAAAACCCACAACUGAACGAUGCCUCGCUCUCCCCUUUAAUCUAACGUCCACGUAGAACUGUGGGGGAGGUGAUGGUGCAGUUUUCCCUCAUUGUCUCACACAUCAGGGAUAUUUGAAGCCUGCCUGAAUGCUAAGGUCUCUAAUAGAUACUCUUAUUUCAAAGUUUCCAGUUUAUUGUGUAUGUGUGUGUGUGUGUGUGUUAAUUAUUUCAUAAAAAUAGGGUAUUUAUAGCCUUAGUGCUUGUCUGUCUGGUCUGAUACUGGUGGACAAUUUAACAAGGGUUUUUUUUUCUUUCUUUCUUUUUUUUUUUUUUUUUUUUUUUUGCCCCUCCAGGACCAGCAUAGGUAUUUAUCUCUGCUGUGGUGGUCCAGCGUAGGCUGGUGUUUACAGUCCUGUGGCCUAAGCACUUAACUAGUUGCCAUGUGGGUACAACAAUGCAGUGUGUUUAGUAGGAAACAGAAAAUGAGUCAUGUGGGAGAACAUGUAGGACUAAUUAACGAGAUAUUUAUUUACAAUUGCUAAUUUAUUUUGUUCGCUAAUAAUUAACUAUUUGGUGGCAAGUUGAUUAUAAUGACUAACGUGCACUGCCUCUAAUUUUGCGGUGAAAGAAUUCCUGUCUGACUUUGUGUCUGUGAUGAGGUUUGAUCAGAGGCUUUCUUGAAUGCUGAUGCUGCUAUCAAAGUAAGCCGUGCUGGUGAGCUCGCCAUUUUUUUUUUUUUUUUUUUUUAUAUAUCCUUUUUCGCAGCGCCUUCAGUUCGACGGUGCAUUUAGGCUUUUAGUCCUGCUGGAAAAGCCCUGAGCACUGAGCAAGGCUUCCUUCCAUCUGUUUUCCAGGUGUUUUCCACUCGUUAACAAUUUCAUUGUCUGGCUGCUUUAUAAUGCCUUACCGAUCGCACUUUCAGCGGCAGCCAAGAGAGCGCCACGGAUCAGCUUGCAGUUAAUGAAGGGAUGGCCUUAGUGUUGGAGACUUUUGCAUGGAAGGGUUUAAAAGCCUCCCCCCUCCCCAAACGAGGCUAAAUUAAGACUUGAGUGUUUUUGAACUGCACUACACGUGAAACAUCCUACUUAAUUUGUGUGAUCAAAGAAAUAAGACCUGAAACGCUAGUGGAUUUUGAUCUCCCCAAGAUGACUAGUUCUAACGUGUACUGAUUCUGUAGCUUUAACCUUAGUUGACUGUUUUUUUUGUUUUUUGUUUUUUAAAUCACACUAGUAUGUUGUAGUAGUGGUAUUAGUUCAGCGUCUUGAGAUAUUUUCAAACGUUCAGGUCUAUAGGUAAAUGAUGUUUUUGCACUGAGCAAGACAGCCUAUCAGUCUGGUCUAGCAGAGCCAAUGUCAGUGUUUUUGAUGAAACCGAUCGCAGCUGCAAUCUUCCGACCCACGAUUCUCUGUUGCCAAGUGAAGGAGCACAUCCUCGUCGUGAAUAGUUGGUUAAUUAGCAAAAGCUGGUCUUUGCCUCUGUGUAACCGAAACAGUGUGUUUACAUGUAUUUGUUUCUAGGUUCCCUUUUUAAUUUUGGGCGUAGAGCACUGUGUUGGGUAGGCAUGCACACCGACUCUGAGCACAAUAGCGGGCGAUUUAUUUACAAUAGGAUAUUCGUAUGAGGUAACCGUUCUUUCGAGGGGAAUUCCCUGGUUGUUUGAUUUGUUUAUGCACAAAUGUAUUAUCACAUUUGUUUUUUGUCUUUAUGAAGUGUAGAAGUGAAAUCUGUCUGUUAAUGAUUAACAAAGAGAUCCCAUUCUUUCUAUGAAAGUAAUACUUCUUGUGUGGGAUGGACACACUCAUCUAUAGUUAUAAAAAAUAAAAAAGUGGGGAAAAAAAAUUAUAUAUAUAUCCAUAGAUAUAUAUUACUUUGGAACCGAUCAUUUAUUGUUCAUUACUCUUUUGCGUUCUUGCCCUUAAUUUUUAUAAGCUUUUAUUUGUUGACGUAUGCUCUUUGUGGUAAACCUUAGACUUGGAUUGUAUUGUUUUCAGUGUCAAAAAGAUAAAUAAAUAUAUCAAAUUGAGCAUUACUGCAUCUGAACACUCUAGAUACCUUUAGGUGUAUACUUACUGUAUGGGUUUUUUGUUGACACAAAUCUAUUAAAAUGCAUUUAUUAUCAA